UUCUCGUUCCAAGCUGAUUAUUUUUCUUCCUUAGACUGCAAUUCCUCCAUUUCUACAGUAUUUUUUCUUUGAAUAGUCGAUGAUCGUAACCCUCUCUCUGAUCUACUCCAAAGCUUGCUAAUUUGCGAGAUAAGUAGACAUAAACAAGGGCAAUGCCCCGCCGCAGCAGAACUUAGCGGCGGUAAUCACGUUCUUUAUAUGGGCUCCGGUAAUCUCGUCGGCGGCUUACGCCGCUGGUUUAAUCGCCGCUCGGCUAGCAGCUCCGCUUCCUCCUCGUCUGCCGCUCUAACCAAUGACCUAAUCCCGCCGUUGGGAACGACAGUUGAGGAAACAGACCGGGACGCCUCCUUCAACGACUCCGAUGACUUCGAUCUCACUGCCCUCCGAUUGAUCCGCGUCCCAAAGCGCAUAUUGACCCCCAUCGAUUCCAAUAAAAAGAGCACGCUUGAUUCUGAAUUCUUCACCGAAUAUGGCGAAGCUAGCAGAUAUCAAAUUCAAGAGGUCAUCGGGAAGGGAAGCUAUGGGGUGGUUGGUUCUGCGAUCGACACGCACACGGGAGAGAGGGUGGCAAUUAAAAAGAUUAAUGAUGUCUUCGAACAUGUCUCGGAUGCGACGCGGAUUCUGAGAGAGAUUAAGUUGUUGAGACUGCUUGAGCAUCCUGAUAUUGUUGAAAUAAAGCACAUAAUGCUUCCUCCAUCACGAAGGGAAUUUCGAGAUAUAUAUGUUGUCUUUGAGUUGAUGGAAUCGGACCUUCAUCAAGUGAUAAAAGCAAAUGAUGAUCUUACGCCACAACAUUACCAGUUUUUCUUAUAUCAGCUUCUUCGAGCACUGAAGUAUAUACAUUCAGCUAAUGUGUUUCAUCGGGACUUGAAGCCUAAAAAUAUACUUGCUAAUGCUGACUGCAAAUUGAAAAUUUGCGACUUCGGGCUUGCUCGUGCAUCAUUCAAUGAUACUCCUUCAACUAUCUUUUGGACUGAUUAUGUGGCAACUAGGUGGUACCGAGCUCCUGAAUUAUGUGGUUCUUUCUUCUCCAAAUAUACUCCAGCAAUUGAUACUUGGAGUAUAGGGUGCAUAUUUGCUGAAAUGCUGACAGGAAAACCGCUAUUUCCUGGCAAAAAUGUUGUCCAUCAAUUGGACCUGAUGACUGAUCUGCUUGGCACUCCCUCUGCCGAAACCAUUGCUAGGAUUCGAAAUGAAAAAGCUAGAAGGUACCUUAACAACAUGCGGAAAAAAAUGGCAGUUCCUUUUUCACGCAAAUUCCCAAAAGCAGAACCUUCUGCUGUCCGAUUGCUUGAGCGUUUACUUUCAUUUGAUCCAAAAGAUAGGCCGUCUGCUGAGGAGGCACUUGCUGAUCCAUAUUUUCAAGGUCUUGCCAAUGUAGAUCAGGAACCUUCAACCCAAGCCAUAUCUAAACUUGAGUUUGAUUUUGAAAGGAGGAAGUUGAAUAAAGAUGAUGUAAGAGAAUUGAUUUACCGGGAGAUUUUAGAGUAUCAUCCGAAGAUGUUAGAGGAAUAUUUUCAUGGUAGCGAGCAGAUUAGCUUUAUGUAUCCCAGUGGUGUUGACCGUUUUAAGCGGCAAUUUGCCCAUCUUGAAGAGAACUAUAGCAAGGGAGAAAGAAGCACACUACUACAGCGACAACAUGCCUCUUUACCGAGGGAAAGGAUCUGUGCACAAAAAGAUGAAAUUCCUGACUAUAAUAAGGACAUUGAGAAAAGUGUGGAUUUUGUUGCUCGAACCACUCUUCAAAUUCCCCCUAGGUCUAAUCAAAAUGAUGGGCCAGAUUGUGAAUUAGAUAUCCCGGCUAACCUGAACAAGCCUAAUUGUAGUUCCUACAGUAUUCAUAAAAGUUCUAGCAUCAGUGCUUCCAAGUGUGUGGCUGCCAAUGCGAGAACAGAUGUAGAAGAUGAAAUAAUUUCAGAAGUUGAGCAAGUUGAUGAGUUGUCUCAUAGAAUUUCUCAGCUUUAUGCCUAAUUCAUCAUGGAAGCAAUGUGGAUUGGUUGCUGGCAUAAUUAUUUUUCCAUGCGAUGAAGACCCUGUGCUCCCCUUUCAGUGAAGAUUUGAGGUUUUAACAGAUACGAGAUGCAGAUCUGACGGUAAUGACCAAAACUUCCUAAUUGAAGAUUUGUUUAUUUUGGGAGAACUGCUAAUUAUAUUAUUGUUUUGGGGAACUUUGAUCAGGUCCUAUGUAUCGUCGCGCUCAAUGCAUUCAAUUUGUUAUUGUUGUGCUGAUAUUAUAAAAUUUUAGGGACCUGAACUGACACAACUGCUUUAUCUAUCAACUUCGUUGCAUUCUGUAAUAUAACACAAUUAUUUAAAUAUCUGCCUUUCAAUGCAUUUUUUGUAUUUUUCAACCCUCUGUUCUAAAGAAUUCCUUCGUUCUAUUAGAAUUAUUCUUGUAUUAGCUUCCAAAAAUAGUUGGGGCGUUUGCAUACAAAACACCCAAUUCCUAUAUGUAUGAGGGGAAGGUGCUUGUAUGAAUCUCGAGGAGAUCUGGCGGCGUAGUCGGGACAAGGCGUGUUAAAGGAGGGCCCACCAAUAGGAGGCUCGGUGGCUUAAUUGGACAAUCGGAAGUACCAAGGCCAAGAUUUAUCAAGGCAAUCGGGCGGCUCGAUCUUGAG